AUGCUGAUGUUUGUGUGAUGCCUUUGUGAUGACGUCUUUGUGUUUGUUUUUGCUCUGCCUUUAUGACGCCUGAUCUCAGAACCCUCAACUCUCUGUGGCGUGUGUUUGGACGUGUACGUGGGGCUUGCGGUUGCACACUUCGGGCACUUGACUUUCCAUCCAUUCCGUAGCCAAAGCCUCUGGCUUGCGGUAGUCUGGUCUGACUGAUUUCGUGAGGGACCGCAGUGGCUGUCACCAUGUACCUGCAUCUCCUAAUGGCCUUCUUCGCCAACUUUUUGCCUGCUCCAGUCAUGUCCGCAACGGAGCUCCAGUGCGACGUGAAGAACGGGUGGCGGCCGUACUGCAAUUAUUGCUACCUUAUGCCGAAAUAUCAGCUAACGUGGCCCAAAGCGGAGAGGUACUGUGUAUCACAGAAAGCUCAUCUAAGCAGCUUACGAUCAGAGGAUGAGAUGGAUUUCUUGACAAAACUUGUAAAUCAGUCGGGAAGUUGGAGCGCAUUUUUGGGAGUGACCAUUGAAUGGCGUUUCUGGUGGUUCUUUUGGUACACCUACUUUUACAAUAGUGAUGGAACCAAAGCGGACUACUUUCGCUGGAACGAAGGAGAGCCCAAUAACCACCGAAACAGGGAGUUCUGCGUUGAAGUGAGAACAGAUGGAUAUCUUAAUGACUGCCGCUGUGAUACACCAAAGGAAUUCAUUUGUAAAAAAGCCAAGGACGUCCGUCCCCCUCCUCUUACUUGUCCUACAUCUGUGUCAACUACUUGCGUCUCUUCUACCACACGUCCAACUACUGGUGCCACUUCUCGUACUCUCCUUCCUCUUUGUCCUAUUCUUUCUUCUGCCAAGCUGCUGACAUCAAAAGCAGGUAACGAAGGCUCGUGCAUGCUUGCGGUGUUGCCUCUUCCGCAAUUUCAUGGCUUUGUAGUUGAUCUUUUGGGCCGCCUUAGUGCGGGCCGCAGCAUCGCCAUCAGAGGACGAGCCAAACCGUUGGCUGAGAGGAUAAGCUUCAAUCUGACCACGGCCAAUGACACCCAUCUUCACUUGGGCUUCCGCAUCAAAGACAAAAAGAUUGUGAUGAGCUCCAAUCUGAAUGGUACCGAAGACAUAAGGGAGAUAACAGCGGACCCCUUCCCUUUUGGACCCGGACACGACUUUGAGAUUAUCAUCCAGUGCAACCUCGACCUCUUCCAUUUGACCGUCAACGGCGCCCAGCAGCUGGAUUUUACAAACCGCCUUCGCAACGUGCAAAACAUCACAGCGCUGAAAAUGUGGCGUGACCUGUCACUGACAGACGUCAGGCUGAUGUGAAUGAAGUCAUUGACGUGGCCAGAUUGGAAGUGCUUCAUCUAACAUGACGGCCUGCUUAAGCCACUUUGUUACCAUUUAUUACCAAUAAAGCAUUGGAAAAUA